AUGCAUUUUAUCGUGCGUAUUGCUAUGAAUGGAGCCUCUACUAUCACCGACUCUUUAGUACGUGAACAUUUACUACUGCAUGGGCUGUACAAUGCUCUCAAGGCAUUUGAUUUGGAUUCCAAGUCCGGAAAGGAUUUAAAACUUCAGGUGGAUAAAUUUGUUGCUGAUACGUUAGCUGCCGUCGAAAAUCUCGAUAUAGACGUACUAAGAUCCUUAUGGGAUCUGUGGAAGUCAAAAGUCUUCAAUUCCUUGUCAGGUGAAAAUGCACGAUUGACCACUGUCUAUGAAACUGAUAUGUAUCGACUGUAUCUAGUCAAGUGCAUGGAGAAUAAACGCAUGGAUAAGUGUAAUCAGUUCUUCCUCAAGUGUGCUUCUCUAACUCAAAAUAAUCCCACUUGGACUGAAUGGUUCGCGUUUCCAUAUCAUCCGAAACCAGAAGGAUGCCAAGCGUACCGCAAGUACUACAGCAAUGAAUGGAGGGAGAUUUUCGUGAUUUCAUUCCAUAAUUUUGUACGAAUAGCAAUUCAAUCUGCUCCACGAUCACAUCUCGUGCAAAUGAUCGAAAUGAUAUCCGAGGAAGUUGAGCAAGCAAAUUCCACCGAACGUUCACAUGCGAGUAGCUAUGGAAUGAUGAAUCCGUUCGAAGAUGAGCUCAUGGACGACUUUGCCGUAAUUGCUCAAUGUUCGGGCACGAUGAAGAUGUCAGCAUCGAAGCCGUCACUGAAAACCUUCUUCAAGAACCUGACGAGCGGAAAUCGGAAGAGCAACACGGAGUCGUGA